AUGGAUUCUUCUACACCGCCUUAUCAUCGUUCAAAUCCUUCAUUUCUCAUUGCUGACAAACCAAGCCAAGAAGACCCUCUUCCUAUUACUAUGUCUAACGGAACCAUCACCAAAUCCCCAUCACCUUCGCCCCUUAAAAAGUUGAAGACCCAUCUCACCGACCGGCUUGAAAUUGCGGCGGAGGAGGAGUUGGCGGAGCCCCCCGGGAUGCGGCGGCGCUGCAAAAGCAGAGGGGCUCAAACGGGUGCGGUGGCAUCCCCAAGGAAUGCUCGAAAAUCAAGGAGACGCUCUGAGAUUGAGAUUCGAGAAGAAAAAGAUGUGGGGUUUGUGGAAGAGGUUGGAAAACACAAGAAGAGAAGGCAUAACGUGCGAUCUAAGAAGGAAAAACUGAACUUGGUUCAUUCUGUACAACCUUCGACCCCAUCUCCAAAAAUUGAAGAAGAGAGUCGAAGUGAUGUAGAACGUGUUGGGCAGUUGAUGAGUGAUUUGAUUAUGUGGAAAGAUGUAUCAAAAUCAAGCCUUUGGUUUGGGUUUGGAUCUUCAUGUCUACUAUCUUCGUGCUUUUCUCAAGGACUGAACUUUAGCAUUUUCUCGGCUAUGUCACAAUUAGCGAUUCUCUUCUUGGGUGUUUCGUUUUUCUGGAAAUCAAUUUGUCGAAGAAACCAGAUUGAAGAAAAGUGUGAAUUCAAGCUGAAAGAAGAUGACAUUUUGCGUCUUGCAAAAUUGAUUCUUCCUGCUUUAAAUCUUGCAAUUUCAAAGACGAGUGCUCUAUUCUCAGGAGAACCAUCCAUGACCCUGAAAGUAGUUCCUUUCCUUCUACUUGGAGCUGAGUAUGGCCACUUCAUUACUAUGUGGAGGCUGUGUGCCAUUGGAUUUUUUGUCAGCUUCAGUGUCCCAAAGCUUUAUUCUUGCUACACUGCUCAGAUAAACCAGAGAGCUGAGUUCUUGAAACUAUGGUUGUUGGACGCAUGGUUCGCUUGCACUCACAAGAAGAAAGUGAUGGCAUCGGUACUUAUGACCUUCUGGAAUCUAUCAUCAAUAAAAACUCGAAUCUUCACAGCUUUUAUAAUGCUCGUACUAUUCAAAUAUUUAAAGCAACAUGUGUCGCAACAAUUAGAAGAUGGAGAAGCACAAGUAGGCGAGAAGGUACCACAGCAACCAUUGAUGGUGGCAGAACCAGAGGAAAAGGAACCGAAGCAGGCAUUAAUGGUUACUGAACACUGA